CAGUGGAUAAAAAGUGAAUCAUGUUGUGUUGAGAAUUUGGCAAAGCUACGAUUUUUUCUCGGUAAAACGUAUUUUGUCAUUGUUUUCCGAGAUUACGCAAUUAAUAACGCAACGAUCAGUUCGAGGAAUUGCAGUAUCAGUAUUUGUGCAACUUUGCAAUUAAUUUUUCGCCUUGGUCCAUACGGUAUAGACUAUGGGAUCUUCCGAUUGGGAAAAAUUCAAACUGCUGUUAUGGAAGAACUGGAUAAUACAGAAAAGGCAUUAUGUGCAAACCAUAUUUGAGAUUAUGAUACCAGUGCUGGCAUGUUCUCUACUGAUACUGGUUAGGGGAUUGGUAAAUCCAUCCACCUAUAGUAAACCUGUUAUAUUUGAUAGCCUCAACGUCAGUAGUAUUGCUGGUAUAAGGACAAUGGUGACUAACUACCCGAUUGAAUUGACAUUGGCUUUUGCUCCAAAUAAUUCUAUACUCCAAGUGGUGAUGAAAAAGGCAGCCCGGACAUUAGGAACCGAUGUUCGAAUUAAAGCAUUUAACGAUACCGAAAGCAUGUACAAUUUUCUGAUUACCAACAACAUUCUUGCGGGAAUUGAAUUCAACGAUUCCAUGGCGAACAUAACUCAGCUUCCGGACGAAAUGACUUUCGCUCUUCGUUUUCCCAGUGAAAUGCGAACCACUAGACUGCCCGGCGCCGAGUUCUGGGCGAAUUGGCGAACGUUCCUAACCUUUCCACCCUUUCAGACGUACGGUGCCAGAGCGGUUAAUUACAGCGACGGCGGAUACCCUGCCAAUUAUUAUGCCGAAGGCUUUGCUUCCGUGCAGAAUGCUAUAACACGAGCUUUGUUAGAAAUGAAAAACAAUUCCGUCGCAUUGCCAGUUGUUGGACUAGAGCGCUUUCCAUACCCACCGUUCUAUAACGAUCCCCUGCUGAGAGGAUUGGAAAAUCUUUUUCCAGCCAUAAUAAUGAUAGCAUUUUUCUACUCCUGCAUAAAUACGGUUAAAUUUAUUACGCUCGAAAAGGAGCGACAGCUGAAGGAAACGAUGAAAAUAAUGGGUCUCAAUGGCUGGCUCCAUUGGAUGGCUUGGUUCGUGAAAACGCUUAUCCUGCUAACGAUCUCAAUUUCACUCAUUACUGUAUUACUGUGCGCCAGCCUCACUACGAAUACUGAUAUUGCCAUUUUCGAAUUUUCGAAUUGGCUUUUGAUAUGGACUUUCCUGUUUAUUUAUAGUAUAACGACGAUCAUGUUCUGUUUCAUGCUGAGUACGUUCUUUUCGAAAGCCAACAUAGCAUCCGGUGUUUCCGGCAUUAUCUGGUUCUACUCACUAACGCCUUAUAACUUAACGUUUGGAAAUUAUGACCGAAUGUCGCUGAGCGCCAAGUUGGCAUCCAGUCUGUGGUGUAACACUGCGAUGGGUUACGGGUUCAUGCUAUUGAUGAAACACGAAGGAACCUCGAUUGGUUUGCAGUGGUCUAACCUUUUUUCGCCGGUAACCGUCGAUGACCAGCUUACGAUAGUGCACGUAAUGACGAUGCUGCUAGUAGAUGCUCUAUUGUAUUUGCUCGUUGCUCUGUAUGUAGAACAAAUCGCUCCAGGAGAGUUUGGAAUUGCAAAGAAAUGGAAUUUUAUUUUUACGAAAGAUUUCUGGCAAUCGAACACUGCUUACAACAUGCGGAGAAAUCCCGCCGACAGACAACAACUUCGGCAUCGUGAACUCAAUACAGAGGAAGAACCAACCGACAAACAUGCGGGUAUUAAGAUUUUGGGCCUAACAAAGGUGUACAAAGGAGCUAGAGUUGCUGUGAAUGAUUUGACUUUAAAUUUUUACGAGGAUCAAAUAUCGGUUCUUCUCGGUCACAAUGGUGCUGGGAAAACAACCACGAUGUCAAUGCUGACAGGAAUGUUUUCGCCAACGUCAGGAACCGCAGUGGUUAAUGGUUUCGAUAUUCGUUACGAUAUCCAACGGUUAAGGGAUUCUUUAGGACUGUGUCCGCAGCAUAACGUUCUGUUUGAUGAACUAACAGUCGCAGAACACUUAGGAUUCUUUUCGAAACUGAAAGGAUUAACGGGGAGUGCUGUUGAUUUAGAAAUCGACAAGUAUAUUAGUUUGUUAGAGCUGGAAGACAAACGAAAUGCACAAUCGCACACAUUGUCCGGUGGCAUGAAAAGAAAGCUUUCGGUGGCGAUUGCUUUAUGUGGAGGUUCCAAAGUGGUAUUGUGUGACGAGCCCACCUCUGGGAUGGAUCCCGCAGCUAGGCGGGUAUUGUGGAAUUUGCUACAGAAAGAAAAAGCAGGACGAACCAUUCUGCUCUCUACACAUUUCAUGGAUGAAGCCGACAUUUUGGGAGAUCGGGUAGCGAUAAUGGCCGAAGGAUGUUUGAAAGCUGUUGGGUCACCGUUCUUUCUAAAGAGGAAAUUCGGUCGAGGUUAUAGGCUCGUGUGUGUUACUAAGGCUGGCUGUGAUCCGUCGAAUUUAACUUGGUUGUUGCGAAAAUACAUUCCGAACAUCAAAGUAGAAACCGAUAUUGGAACUGAGUUGAGUUAUGUUUUGAACAAGGAGUACCUGCAUCUGUACCAAAAAAUGCUGGCUGAUUUGGAAGAACACACUGCGCAAUGUGGCAUAUCCAGCUACGGUAUAUCGUUGUCCACUUUAGAGGAAGUUUUUAUGAGAUUGGGAAGCGACCAAGACGUGGAUGAGGAUAACGAUGGCACUAAUAAAAAAGCUCAACAAAAUGGUACUGCCGAACCAAAUUUCGAUCAACUUGAGCAUCAUUAUUCUUUGAUGACGGGCAGACGUCUAGCACUAAACCAAAUAAAAGCUAUGUUUUUGAAAAAAUACCUCAGCUUUAUCAGAGCUUGGAAAAUCUCAUCGCUACAAACUACUCUCUCGAUGUUCUACAUCAUAAUGAUAAUAGCCAUCGUUCGGUCUUUCCCCAACAAUGUUGUGCUGCCACCAUUGGAGAUUUCGUUCAAUGCUUACAAAAAAACUGUGACAGUUCUUCAAACGACGAACACAAAUGGUUCAAUUUUUACCAGUUAUAUGAACUUAUUUAAAAAUCUGUCUAAUACUAACGAGCUGACCGUAAUAACGUCACCUUUUACGGAGUACAUACUGAAUAAGUCAAUCGAGAACAUCAAGGCCGUAGAUAACACCUACAUGGUCGGUGCAACGCUGGACGAAGCAAACCGAAAUCUAACCGCCUGGUUUAACAACAAAGCUUACCACACGGCUCCGCUAUCUUUGAACUUAAUUUAUAACGCAAUAUUGCAAACAUUUUGUAACAGCUGUGACUUAAAAGUAUUUAACAAGCCUUUACCCUAUAGUUCACGGGUCAGAUUUUUGCGACUGCAGGCGGGUAGCAAUAUGGGAUUCCAGCUGGCAUUCAACACCGGAUUUGCGAUGGCCUUCGUGGGUGCUAUGUAUAUUAUGUUCUACAUUAAAGAACGUGCUUCCGGAGCCAAGUUGUUACAGUUUGUUAGCGGUGUUCAGGCAGCGACGUUUUGGAUUGUGUCCUUCCUGUGGGAUUAUUUGGUUUUCAUUGUGGCGAUGAUGCUGUACAUCGUGACGCUGGCGGCAUUCCAGGAAGAAGGCUGGUCAUCGGCUGCCGAAUUGUGGCGCGUCAUCUUGGUGAUGCUUUGCUUCGCUUGCGCAGUGAUUCCCUUCACCUAUGUGUGGUCAUACUUUUUCCAAGUUCCUUCAACUGGCUUUAUUAAGAUGCUGAUAUUUAACAUUUUUACCGGAACUGUGAUUUUUACGUGUAUAUUUCUACUUAAAUACAGUGAGUUUAACUUGAAAGAUGUAGCGGAAACUCUGGAAUGGAUUUACCUUAUAUUUCCGCAUUUCGCUCUGAGCCAUAGUUUGAACAACAUCAAUCUGGCUUUGACGAUCCAGCAAAUUUGCAAAGCGCAUUGCGAAGCGAUGCCCUUUUGCAGCGAGGAACUUUUGUGCAGUUUUGAUAAGCGAUGUUGUGAUACUGACAUUUACUCCUUCCAAUCGAAUGGUAUAAGCCGUAAUUUAGUGUAUAUGCUAGGAGUUGGAGUAAUAUCAUUUGCCUUUAUACUAAUCAAGGAAAUGAGGUUGCUUGAGUGCAGAAUUAAAUGUCGCAUACCUUGGGAAAGUGCAGCGAUAGAAUCGACCGCAGGAUCCAGGGAAACCAUACCUAUUAAUGAAGAUUCCGAUGUAGCAGAUGAACGUCACCGGGUGGCUCAUUUUCAAGAUUCCGAUUUUGACCGACACUCUCUGGUAUUAAGAGAUGUUUCGAAAAAUUACGGAUCCUUUCCAGCAGUUAGUAGAAUUUCGCUGGCCGUUGAAGACUACGAAUGUUUCGGUUUACUUGGAGUGAAUGGUGCCGGCAAAACGUCGACAUUCAAAAUGUUAACAGGCGAUGAAAAACUAUCCUCCGGUGAUGCUUGGGUCCGUGGCAUGAGCAUUAAAACUCAAAUGAAUGAAGUGAACCGGCUGAUAGGAUACUGUCCGCAGUUUGAUGCGGUUCUUGAAGAUCUAACAGGUUACGAAACACUGAGAAUGUACGGACUUUUAAGAGGUGUUCCGAAUGUUAUGAUGGACACAAUCAUCCACAAGCUGGCUAUAGAUCUUAAUUUCGCAAAGCAUCUCGAUAAACAAAUCAAGUCCUAUAGUGGAGGAAAUAAGCGGAAAUUAAGUACUGCUCUUGCCUUGAUUGGAAAUCCGGAUGUUAUCUAUCUGGAUGAACCUACGACGGGAAUGGAUCCGGGCGCCAAACGAAACUUCUGGAAUGUGAUUUGCAGAAUUAGGCAAAACGGAAAAGCAAUAGUUCUAACAUCACACAGUAUGGAGGAGUGCGAAGCUCUUUGCACGCGAAUCGCAAUCAUGGUAAACGGCGAAUUUAAGUGCCUUGGAUCGUCUCAACAUUUAAAAAAUAAAUUCACUGAUGGAUUCUUUUUAACGAUCAAACUUUCGAAAUGUGAUAAUAAUGAUGAUCCUAACGAUCAUACGAGUCUAGUCAUGCAGUAUAUUGAAGAGAAUUUCGAUGGAGCUCUACUGAAAGAACAAUACCAAGAUUACUUAAUGUAUCACAUAACGAAAACAUCCCUAAAAUGGUCGUCGAUGUUCGGGCUGAUGGAGCAGGCCAAACGACAAUACAAUAUUGAGGACUACGCUUUAGGGCAAACUUCUCUCGAACAAGUGUUCUUGGCAUUAGUCGCUUUUCAGCGAGCAAGUGAUUAAAACUGUGUUAACAGAAAUCUUAAGUAUUAUAUCUUAGAAUAGCUAAAACGCAAUAGGUACUUCAAUAUUCGAUGGAUCUGAUUUAUGUUCUCGGGUGCUACACACACAACUGAAUAAGCUGCAAUAAAUAUUUAUAAACAAACAAGGAAGCU